CGGCGCCUGUGUGACCUGCGCCUCUUUCACCCCAUUCUGAAGGUCAUCGAGCCCGUAGGAAACCGAGAGGAGAAAAUCCUGAACAGAGAAAUUGGCUUCGCCAUCGGCAUGCCCAUCUGCGAGUUUGAGCUGGUGAAGGACCCGGAGGUGCAGGACUUCAGACGGAGCAUUCUGAGCGUGUGCCGGGAGGCCAUGGAGGAGCGCGAGGGGGGGGGCGCCCACAGCCAGGCACUGUACGUCUAUCCUCCCAACGUCGAGUCCUCGCCCGAACUGCCCCAGCACAUCUACUGCAAACUGGACAAGGGGCGCCUGAUUGUGACGAUCUGGGUCAUAGUGUCCCCGUCCAAUGACAAACAGAAGUACACCCUGAAGACGCCCCACGACUCGCUGCCCGAGCAGCUGAUCGCCGAAGCCAUCCGCAAGAAGACGCGCAGCAUGCACCUGUCUCCCGAGCAGCUGCGGCUGUGCGUGCAGGAGUACCAGGGCCAGUACAUCCUGAAGGUGUGCGGCUGUGACGAGUACCUGCUGGAGAAGUACCCGCUCAGCCAGUACAAGUACAUCCGCAGCUGCAUCACCAUCGGCCGCCUGCCGCACCUCAUGCUGGUGUCCAAGGACAGUCUGUACAGCCAGCUCCCGGCCAGCGGGUUUGUCACCCCCUCCUACAGCCGCCGCACGCCCCAGCCCAGCCCCUGCCUUGGUGGGGCCGACCCCAGCCCCCCGCGCCCGCUCUGGGCCUUCAGCAGCCCGCUCAGGGUCCGGCUGCUCUGCGCCACCUACGUCAACGUCAACAUCCGGGACAUUGACAAGAUCUACGUGCGGACGGGUAUCUACCACGGAGGGGAGCCGCUGUGUGACAACGUGAACACCCAGAGAGUGCCCUGCUCCAAUCCCAGGUGGAAUGAGUGGCUGACGUAUGACAUUCCAUUAUUUGACCUCCCCCGCUCCGCCCGCCUCUGUCUCUCCAUCUGCUCGGUCAAAGGCCGUAAGGGGGCCAAAGAGGAGCACUGUCCGCUGGCCUGGGGUAAUGUCAACCUGUUUGACUACAAGGAUACUCUGGUCAAUGGGAAGAUAACCCUUGGCCUGUGGCCUGUGCCCCAUGGCCUGGAGGACCUGCUGAACCCCAUCGGGGUUGCAGGAUCAAACCCCAACAAGGAGACGCCAUGUGUGGAGCUAGAGUUCCCCUGGUUCAGCCAUGCAGUCCGGUUCCCGGAUGAGCAGCAGGUGGAGGAACACGCCAACUGGACCAUCUCCCGGGAGCUGGGGUACAACUGCUGCCUGCUGGGAAUGAGCAAUCGCCUGGCCUGCGACAGCAGCGUGUCCCAGACGGACGUGGACCAGCUGCGCAGUAUCUGCAGCCGCGACCCCCUGUACGAGCUGUCGGAGCAGGAGAAGGACUUCCUCUGGAGACACCGGCAUUACUGUGUCAAUAUCCCGGAGAGUCUGCCUAAACUGUUGCUUUCUGUGAAGUGGAACUCAAGGGACGAAGUGUCUCAGUGGACUGUAGUGUCCAGUGUGUCUGUAUUAACCCCUCUGUCCCUCAGGUCAGAGAUGCACAAUAAGACAGUGUCCCGACGGUUCGGGCUGCUGCUGGAGGCGUUCUGCCGGGGCUGUGGCAUGUACCUGAAGCACCUGAACCGACAGGUGGAGGCCAUGGAGAAGCUCAUCAACCUGACUGACACCCUGAAGCAGGAGAAGAAGGACGAGACCCAGAAGACCCAGAUGAAGUUCCUGGUCGAGCACAUGAGCCGGCCGGACUACAUGGAGGCUCUGCAGGGCUUUGUCUGUCCACUGAACCCUGUACACCAGCUGGGCAACCUCAGGCUGGAGGAGUGCCGCAUCAUGUCCUCAGCGAAGCGCCCCCUGUGGCUGAACUGGGAGAACCCCGACAUCAUGAGCGAGCUGCUCUUCACCAACAACGAGAUCAUCUUCAAGAACGGAGAUGGUGAGGCAGCGGUGGGGGGGAGUGUGUGUGCUAAGAACAGCGGGAAACUCUUGCUGGCGUGUGUUUGUCUGGAGUGGUGGAGAAAUCACACACAAAUCCCGAGAUAUGGCUGUCUGUCGAUAGGGGACUGUGUGGGACUGAUCGAGGUGGUGAAGAACUCUCAUACCAUUAUGCAGAUCCAGUGUAAGGGUGGCCUGAAGGGGGCUCUGCAGUUCAACAGCAACACACUGCACCACUGGAUCAAGGACAAGAACCGGGGCGAGGCGUACGACCGGGCGAUUGACCUGUUCACGCGCUCCUGUGCGGGCUACUGUGUUGCCACCUUCAUCCUGGGCAUCGGCGACAGGCACAACAGCAACAUCAUGGUGAAGGAGAAUGGACAGCUGUUCCACAUUGAUUUUGGACACUUCCUUGACCACAAGAAGAAGAAGUUUGGGUACAAGCGAGAGCGUGUUCCCUUUGUCCUGACACAGGACUUCCUUAUUGUCAUCAGCAAGGGGACACCAGAGUGCACCAAGACCAAGGAGUUUGAGAGGUUCCAGGAGAUGUGCUAUAAGGCAUACCUGGCAAUCCGACAGCAUGCCAACCUCUUCAUCAACCUCUUCUCCCUGCUACUGGGCUGUGGCAUGCCAGAGCUCCAGUCCUUUGAUGACAUUGCCUACCUGCGCAAGACGCUGGCACUGGAGAAGAGCCAACAGGAGGCGCUAGAGUACUUCACCAAGCAAAUGAAUGAUGCCCACCAUGGAGGCUGGAGUACUAAGAUGGACUGGAUUUUCCACACCAUCCGGCACAUGCCCAAUGACCACUGACCAGAGACUGGCACACUGCUGGCCCCGCUGCCCAAUGUCCACUGACAGAGACGGGUACACUGACUCAACAAACAUGAGACAAUCAGACCUACAAGCAAGUGUCUUUCUGGACCUGGCCCUCCGACUGAUCGACUGGCACACCUACACCCCCGAGAGACGCAGGCUUCACACAGCCGGCCACUGGACUGGACCCGACCAGACUGGACUCUUGCUGCACUCAGAUGGGCCCGUAGUGCUGCUGUGGCCGUGGAGCAGGGCACUACGACAUUGACUGCGCUGGGCAGGGAAGCUAGAUGUAUUCACACACUGCACUACGCAAUUGUAUUUACUGCACUACAGUGCUAUUCUAGAGUCGCACUGCACAUGUGAACUGCACUAAUUAACAAUCCCUAAUCAUCAUCAUCAUCAUCUUGCUAUGGUAGGCCUCUCUGCUGCUGUAUUCGGGUCUGUCACUGCUCUAGCACCUCGACACCCGUGAGCUCCUUCAUCGGGUCUGAAGAGUCUGGCUCGUCUCCGAUACAGCAUGUGCAAUAAGACUGAUCAUUCCUCUCCUUCUUCGUGUUCGUGGGAAUUGUGAUGAUGAUGAUGAUGUUAAUGACAUUACCCUCCCAAGUGGGAAGUUUUAGUCUUCCGAUCUUCGGCACGUGAGACCCAGAAACGUUUUCUUUUUUAAUCCUGUUUGUUGUGUUGGACGUGUUGGGCUCCCCUCCUCCCGGUCCGGUUCUUACAGGAGCCUGCGUGAGUCUGGAAGGCGGGAUGACAUCACCCCCCAUCCCCCUUUCCCAUGGGGAGAAGGAUCGCUGUGCGCUAGUCCGUUCUCCCCACCGGAGGGGUGUGUGUGCCCUGCGGGAAACAGGCUGGAAGGGAUUGCAAUAGCUUGACCUCUGCAGGUCCCCCCCACAGUAAAGAGAAGAUCACUUUCUUGGCCAUAUACAAUGUCUCGUAUUAGGAAUUUGUCUUUUCGCAUACCCCAGCUUGCUCUCCAUGAGACACACAGACGGA